UCCGCGGCCGGCGACGCGGCAGUCGGGUCCCGUUGGCGUGUGAGGGUGGUGUGUGCUUCGGGCUGCUGUGGCGCGUUCAGUGCCAAUGGGCUGUUGAACGAUUGAACAUUGUUCGUGCGACUGUGGGCGUAUGCAGACUUCAUUGUGAGAUAAUCGAACACAGUGGUGACUGAGUGACCGGUAUCUGGCGUGAAGCAAUCGGGUCGGAUAUCUGCCGUGUCUUCAGUGGGAUUGCUGGAGCAAAGCGGUGAGGUCAAACCUCUCACUCUGUGCGGUGUCUCUGACCGAGACAUAGCGAUACAGAGACUGACAGUUAGGGACACAGUGACGGUUGUGUUUCUGAAGAUCUUCUGAGGGAACUUGGUCUAUGGGUGUCCCACGGAGCCAGUAGUCAUCUGCCACUGCUGUCGCUGUCGCCAUGGCCGCCGGCCGCCUACUGGCCGCCAUCUCCGUGAUGACCUUGACCUGGGGUCACGUGACCGCGGCGUCGGGUCAGGCGGCGCCCCGAGCUCAACGGUCCGUCGACUCAGAUGAUGAGCACCUUCUUCUACCGGACGUCCUUCCCACCGGACCAAGCCUGGAUCAGUCGGCUCCGGUAUUUCUCGAGGUGCCAGUUCCGACCUACGUGCUCCGCAACAAGCCAGCCACACUGACCUGUCGGGCGGCGCACGCUUUGCAUCUCUAUUUCCGCUGCAACGACCAGCUGAUGGCCGGCAGGGAGCACUCUCAGGCUAGCUAUGUGGACCCUCAGACCGCCAUUAGACAGCUGGAGGUCAAGCUGGACGUGGACAAACGUACUGUUGAGGAGUACUUUGGUGACUAUCAGUGCGAGUGUGUGGCCUGGAGCAGCCGAGGGGAGAAGGUCAGCGACAGCGUCACCAUCACCGCCGCAUACCUGAAGAAGUCGUUCCACACGCCACCGUUCUCGGACCGCGUGGAGGUGGACCAGACUGUGGAACUCCGCUGUGUUCCACCGGAUGGCAACCCUGUGGCAGAGCUCAGCUGGACCAAGAACGGCGUCACCAUCGACGCCAAGCAGGACCCUAACUACAUCAUCUCCAACGAGGGCAACCUGCUCAUCGCCGCGGCGAAACUCUCCGACAUGGCCAACUACAGCUGUGUGGCAGAGAACGUGGCCAACCGACGCGUCAGUCCACCAGCACGGCUCACCGUCUAUGUGGAUGGCGGCUGGUCCAGCUGGGGUGUCUGGUCCGACUGUGAGCCGGCCUGCGGGCCCGGCGUGAUGGUCCGUCGCCGCUCCUGUGACAGCCCCCCGCCGAUGAACGGAGGCAGGGAGUGUGUCGGACCGUCACAACAGGCGGCCGACUGUAACUCACUCUGUCCGCCGGUGGCCGGCGGCUGGAGCUCCUACGGGCCGUGGUCCUCGUGUGAUUCGUCCUGCCGCCAGUACCGUCACCGCACCUGCUCCGACCCGGCCCCGCAGCACGGAGGGACGCCCUGUGAGGGACCCGAUAGGAUCUCACGAAACUGCUCACGGGAUAUGUGCUCAGGCGGCGUAGUAAGCGGCCUCGAGACAACCCGAACCAAUCAAGGAGCGCGCGCGGUGCCUGAGACCGACGUAGCGCUGUACGUGGGCCUGGCCGUGGCUCUGGUGGUCUUCCCACUGAUAGCUCUGCUCGCUCUGAAGCUGUACAGAAGGAAGGGAAGGGGACAGAGCAUGUACGGUCUUACUGAGCGAGAUUAUGAAGCACGCUACUACGACAACUCGAAGAAGCAGCUGGGUUACGCGCCCGACCUGACCUCUAGCGUCGCCAUCAUGAACCCGACCCCACCGAGUCUGAACAGCGACUACUCCUACGGAGACCCAAACAGCAACAAAACGGCACUGCUCAGCUCGCCAUCCGAGCACCAUUACGACGAACCUCACGCUAUGUUCCUGCCGAAACGACUCGACUCUGCUCACAACUCUGGAGCGGAUAGUGAGACUAGUACGGCUGCCUCGCCCGUGUCCCGGGCUCACCAGGCCGGAGAUAGCGGCACGGCUCACUCGCACUCGUCGUACUGCAGCUCGCCCACAUCUCCCCACGGCAAGUCCCUGUACGGCUCUGAGCCGGCCUCCUGUCGUCAGUCGCUGCUGUCUGUGACACUGCCAUCUGACGUCAAUCCUGACAACCUCGAGUUGGCCACAGUGACGUCAGCCGGCGCUGUGCUCUCGCUGGCCGAGGCCGGCGUCAGUCUGACUAUCCCAGAGGGUGCCCUGGCCGACGGACAACAGGAGGAAAUCUAUCUGGUGGUGCUCAACGACUCCAAGGGCCGUCCCCAGCUAGGAGAGCACGAGACCCUGCUGUCUCCGGUGGUUCUGGCCGGGCCGGGCUCCGUCCAGCUCCUCCGACCGGCCAUCGUCAGUUUCCAGCACUGCGCCAGCCUCAAAACCAACUGGUCUAUCUCAGUGUUUGGCGGCAACAAGCAGUGGCCGGCGCCGGGCGGGUGGCAUCACCUGGCUCUUCUUGGAGAGGAGAAUCUGAACACCGGUGUGUACACCCACCUAGACCAGCAGCGGGUUCAUGUGCUCGUGGACACCCUUCAGCCGCUGGCGCUGGUUGGAGAGCCGGGCAAUGACUCGGAUGGGGUUGGUGGAGCGGCCGGUGGCCCGGCUGUGAAGCUACUCCGCCUGGCUGCGUUCGGCCCCCGCCUGGUAGCAGGGUGUGCCUCAGAGUACUGUAUCCGGUGCUAUGUGGUGGAGGACACUCGCGCGGCGUUUGAAGCGGUGCUUCAGCUGGAAAGAAGGCUGGCCGGCAGGCUGCUGGAUAAGCCGAAGACGAUGGCGUUCGAGAGCGGGGGAGGAGGGCUGAGCCUGUCGCUGGAGGAUCUGAGCAUCGGAUGGAGGUGCAAACCGCAGGGCGACUAUCAGGAGAUCCCGUUCUGGCACGUCUGGGGCAGCGCGUGCCCUCUCCUGCACUGCUCCUUCAGCCUGGAGCACGUAGGACGUGGAGGAUCAGGAGCAUCCCGCGGAGACGGCCUCUCCUUCUCCGCUCGCGUUCUCGUCUCGCAGAAGGGCGGCACUCAAACUCGACGCCAGAUGUUGCGGGUUUCGUCUGCGGAGAGCGGGCCCUUGCCGAGUCCGCUGCCCGGCAGGCCUACGGCUACCGUGACGUCGAGUGUGUCGACGAAUACGAGUGGAUCCUCGGGAGCGUCUUCGACGGUCACUGUGACCACGCUGGAUACAGGAGGAUACAGGCUGUCGGCCGAGACCCGCCAGAAGUUGUGUCAGCUCCUCAACCAGCCCAGCUCCCGGCUCAAUGAUUGGAGGAUGCUGGCGCAGAGGAUGCAGGUCAACAGGUUCAUCAACUAUUUCGCCGCCAAGAAGUCUCCGACUGAAUGCCUGCUGGACCUCUGGUGGGCGAGGCACGCGGACCCCUCAGCGGCCGCCACUGAGCUCCUCAACAUCCUCCGAAUCAUGGGACGCGACGACGCAGCGCACGUGCUAGAGGCCCAGCUGGGGCCCCGGGUCUAGCCGGGCCCAGGAGGGGUCUGAUGGGCCCAGUGGUGGACGGUGGUGCUUGGAGUCUCAGUUGGGAGUGAGGGCCUAGUGAGGGCCCAAGGGGUCUAUUGAGGACUCUCGGGACCCAAUGAGGACCAUCUGGGCAAAGUGAGGAUCUCGAGGCAAAAUGAGGGCCUUCGUGUGUCCCAGGAACCCUCAGUGAGGAAUCUCAGAGACCUUUCAUCUGACGAAGAGCCCCGAUGAGACCCUUUUUGCCGUGAAGAGACGUCAUACAUCUGAUAUUGGCCCGUUCUGGCCUCCGAUUGGUGCACACCUGGUGACACGUGACCCGUGACGACGCCUGAUUGGUCAACUCUCUCUCGUACAGCCAAUCACACGCCGUGAAAUCAAAACCCGUCACGAGAGGACACCCAUUCGCCGGGCGCAGAGCUCAUGUGAUAUUUUUAUAUUUGUACAUUUGUAUUGUGGUGUAGCUUGAACGGCGAUUGUUAACAGGAUAGCUUCUGCUGGUAGCUGCCGCCGCCACCCGACUGUUGCUUAUUUAUAGCUUGUUAAGCGUGUGAAUAGUACGAUACUUCGUGCAGUGCGACUUUUGGGCUUGUAUGUGAGAUGUAUUGCGGGGAAAGAGGAUGGGAUAGAUAGCUCUCGCUGAGGACUCGAAUGUCCUCUCUCCCGCUGCUCGCGUUUUGCCACGUCCGCUGUCUUCCAGACCAGUGGCCAAAUGUGUGACGUCAUGUGUUGGACAGUUUGCUGAUGAUGUCAUUGUGUGAUGUCAUAAGUAUGUGACGUCCUGCUAGAGGUAUGGGACGGAAUUUGAGCAUUGAGCUGCUUGUGUGACUCGUUUUGGUGAGUUAGGGUAAAAUGCCGUCCUUUGGACACACGAUAGAGAGGAAAGGUGGAAUGCGUGGGAGGAAACAAAAUAAAAUUAAUGGUAACCGAUAAGAUGACAAAGCUAAAACAGCGGCAAAUGCGGCUGUUUAAAAGAAAUACCAGUUUUGUUUAUAGGAAAAGUCUGGUUGGAUGACUUGAGCUCGGUUUUACAUAGAAUGCGCUGACAUGCAUUGCAUACUAGGUGUGUGUUCUCAGCUUUGUGAUAUGAACUCUGAACGUCGUUGAAAAUUGCUUGAGUAUGUUUGCGCCGUAUGUAUGUAAUUGUAUGUCUCCUAACCAGCCUCUGGGCAGAGGCCAGGAGAAGAGAGAGGGGGAGCGAUGCUGAGCCGAGCUCUCAGUUCUGUAGUGCCUAUGCAACCAUGUGUCAACUAGUCAGUGAGUAAACUGUGGGAAGAAUGUAGAUUGUUUGAUAGAGCGCCAAAUAUAUUUUAAACGCUG